AUGGCCGAGCCGCCCCUCCUUCCGAAGCCACCCGGACAGCAGCAACCCGCCAAGGUGAUCUUGAUUCCUCAUGCCGCCCAACAACCUACUCAACAAGUCUAUCUGCUGCAGCCGAACACCGGUCAGCAACAGCUUACCUUCAUUCCGGUUCAAAUUCCGGCCGACACGCAGAAGAAACAAAUGACUAUGUUAAGUCCAAUGCAACCUACGAACAGCAACACACACAUAAAUGUUGCGCAGAUGGAAACCCUCGACUCGGGCCGUGCUGGUGGAACGCCGAUAUCGCAGACACCAUCUCAGCAGAGGAUAACCCUUGGUAAUCUGCAUUUCCAACAAGAUCCUAACGAUCCACAGAAAUGGAUUAUUACAAAUGACUCGGCUGCCACGACUCCUUCAACACAGCCAUCGAACCAUUCCCACAAUCAGACUGUUAGAAUGACAGGCGGCGGAGACUCGCCCAAUAUGAUGGUUGGCGAAUACGAGAUGGGGAUUGACGAUAGUCAAGUGCCCAAACGAUGUGCGUGCACGUGUCCGAAUUGCCAAAACUCGAAUACUCCUCGGACUGGCGAUGGGAAACAGCGUCUGCAUAUCUGUCACAUCUGCCAGAAAACUUAUGGAAAAACAUCUCACUUAAGGGCGCAUCUUCGCGGACAUGCAGGCAACAAACCAUUCGCUUGCGAUUGGCAACAUUGCACCAAACGUUUCACGAGAAGCGACGAAUUGCAGCGGCAUCGUCGCACGCAUACAGGCGAAAAACGAUUCGCGUGUGGCCAUUGCGGUAAGAAGUUCAUGCGUUCUGAUCAUCUCACGAAACACGAGCGGACGCACACCAGCAAUCGAAUGUCGAUGACUCAACCGUUGCGAAUGAAUCACAAUUGA